CAAAUGCAAUUGAAAAAAUUGCGAAUCAAAUUUUGAACCGAAAAAUAACGCAGACCAAAUACGAAUCGUCCAAUUACAUUACAAUAAUCUAAAUAUUUAGGCCUUAUUUUGUUUUUUUUUUAGAAAAAAAAGUGCCAAUAGCAAAAACAAAGCAAAACCAAAAAAUUUUGAAAAACGCAGAAAAAUAAUUUAAAAAAAAAUGGCCUUAAAUCCUUUGAAUAAAAAUCUAGUGAAAUUUUCAAUUUUAACGAUCAUUUUGCAGUUCAUUUCAAAUGGCUCUGCAAUCAAAUGUUUUGUCUGCGAUUCCGAUGAUAAUCCUAGCUGUGCCGACCUGAAAUCGAACGCCAGCAUUGUGGCUGAGGAAUGUACUCUGGACAAGAUGAAAUCAAUUCACACAUGGCUCUUUGAGUUGAACAGUUUUUCUUAUUUCGAUACGGGAUCAAGUAAAAGUCCGCUGAUGAAUUGUCAAAAGGUGGUGGCGAGGAAUGUAACUCAUAAUCGCUUAGUUACUGCACGCUUCUGUCAACUGAAUACGGGCGAAACGGAUGCCUGCAACAUUUUACGCUCGAAAUUACGUUCCGAUGCUGCCAAGUACCGGAAAUCGAUGAACUACAACAAUUACAAGAACUCUAAUGGCAGAGGGGAAGCUGAAGAAAUCGUACCAGAUUCAGAUGCGGAGUUUCAUUGCUCAAUAUGUCACACGGACAAUUGUAAUGGAGCUGCGGAAGUUAGAAGUGUAGCUAUGAUGAUUGCCAGCGUUGCACUGCUGCAUGGCCUCAUGGCGGGACAUCUACGACAAGCGAUCUGCCACAGAAUGUGGUGAAAAUCUCAAGUAUAAAUUGCUUAGAAGUUAAAUGACAGAUAUAUUGUUAACAUUUACAAUGUAGAGUUCGCUCGGUUUUAGUUUCUGUAGGAUUUAUGUCAAAUAUUUUGGGCAUUUCUUAAGUUCUAUUCCUUUUGUUUUUUUCUUUUGUUAUUAAACAUACCAUAAAUAUUUUAUACUUAACUGUGGUGUAAAUCGCAAAUUGUUAGCAAUAAAAAAAAACAUAAUAAUAAAACCAAUUUAAAUAAAAAACGAAAGUGAAAUACUUCACCGAUUGUCAAUGUAUAUAAGCUAAUUUAUAUUUAUAUUAGUUGAAUGAAACAAAUAGAAAAACAAGGAAACGCAGCAACAAAACCCAAAACAAACGAUUUAUAUGUAUGUAAAUAGGCCUUACUAGAUGUAUGACAUGCUACAGCUAAAUACGACAUUAAAAAGCGGCGGUAAACCAAAAACUAACAUAAAAAUCAUCAUACUGGCAUUUUUAAUAAAAAAGCAAAAUGGAAAACAAAUAUUUAUCAUGUUUAAAAAAAAAACAAAUAAUGGAAUAUAUGCUUAGUUUGAGCAGCAAGAAAA